GGUUGAAUGAGUUCAGAGUAGUAAUCAACUGUUCAUUCUAUAAAACAAUUUGACGACUGUCGCUUGUUCAAAAUUGUUACAAAUGUGUACACAACAGUACACAUGAGAUUUUCAGAGGGUACAUACACAUACAUACACAGUCAACUGUUUCUGAGGCGUACAAGAAGUGCAGUGUUGCAAGCUAGCUGUUAUAAUACCUCGAAUAGAAGAUCUCUUCAAGUACAGAAGACUUAAAAAGGCCCUCUGUGGAACUAUCAAAGCGAAUCUCAAACCUCCGCCUGCGCAAUUCACAUACAUAUCUUUUUGUGAUUAAAAGUGACAUCAUGGCGACAUCAAAUCAAAUAGAAUCUGCUGUUGUAGCACAGCUAGCCCCACAUAUCCCGAUGACCCAAAAGCUGGCUGUAGGAGCUUUGGCAGGGGUUGUUGGUACAUGUUUUAUAUUCCCUGUCGAUGUUGUCAAGACUCGUCUGCAAGCACAGAAGCCCGAUGUCAAAACGGGAAAACUUCCGUACACUGGUAUUGUUCAUGCUUUCAAGACGAUUGUGGGAAAAGAGGGUUUCCGAAGUCUCUACAAGGGUCUUACGAGUAAUCUUAUAGGGGUUAUGCCCGAGAAGGCUAUCAAGCUAAGUGUCAACGACGGUGUGAGGGAGUUGCUAACAGAUCCAGUCACAGGUAAAAUUAGUAUAAGCAACCAAAUCAUUGCUGGGGCGUCUGCAGGGUUUUUUCAGGUCAGCGCAACCAAUCCGAUGGAGAUAGUCAAGCUACGUAUGCAGUUACAGAAUAUGAAACCGGUUGAACAACGACUGGGCACCAUACAGGUGGUAAAGAAUCUCGGAGUAAAAGGGCUGUAUAAAGGCAUACUCGUCACCUGGAUGCGUGAUGUGCCGUACUCGAUAGUAUUCUUCCCCCUAUACGCCACACUCCGCGACAAGUUCGCCGAUGAGAGAGGCGUAGCAGGGAUCCCGCAAAUUAUUAUGGCUGGUAACAUAGCAGGUGCUGUAGCUGCAUUCGCUUGUACUCCCGCCGAUACGAUAAAAACACGUUUCCAGUCCGAAGGCUCUUCAUAUAAAUCAAUCGGAGAUUGUUUUAAGCAAACUGUAAAGAAUGAAGGGGUGAAGGCGCUGUUCAAAGGGUCGGUGCCACGAAUGCUGGUUACGGGACCAUUGUUUGGUGUAGCUUUAUUGGCUUUCGAAAUGCAGAAGAGAUAUAUCACAGGUCAACCCUUGUUUUAAUUUAUGACCAAAAUCAAUAAAAUAGAUUCUC